CUUUGGAGGUGUGUUUGUACCAUUCAAGGUCGUUUAGCCCAUUCGAUUAAUUUUCUUCCUUCAAGAGUGGCUAAGUGGCUCUUCAGAUUUCAAUGAUUGCAGUUCAGUCUUGGAGUUGUGGCACAUUUCUUUUACCGAUCGUGCCCAUCAAGUUUAUGCUUCCUAUGCAAUAACGCGUGAUCCUAAAGUAUAGAUAUCCUGCUUACUCUGAUGGAUGCACAUGGUGAAAUGAAUAAAGAAGGCGAUUCAAAUUAUCCGAACUCUUACUCUAAGGAAGUUGAGGAAGCACUUUCUCGGCUUAAUUUAAAAUCGGACAGUUUAGACGAUCCUGAUUUUAAUGUUAUUUCUUAUAUUAAUGAAAGAUUUCCCAGCGAACAGUCACUGGCAAAUAUAGAUGAGUUAAUAGCUGAAGCGGAAGAUAAAAUUCGUGAGUUAGACGAUGAAACUAGAGAUCUACUACGUGGUCGCUGGCAAACAGAGGAUAAAGGACAAGCGACUGUUCAGGAUGCGAAACAUAUGAUAAAAGUAUUAUUCUCUAGAAUACAGGAUGUUCAAGAUCGAGCUACCAGAUCAGAAGAAAUGGUACAAGAUAUCACUCGGGAUAUACAGCAGCUUGAUCAAGCGAAGCGUAAUCUAACUGUUUCCAUAACUGCCCUAAAUAAUUUAAUACUUAUUGUAAACGCUGUUGAUCGUCUAAACGAAUUGCUUGGAAUACAAAGUCCAGCGAAUGACCCAAUGUUUCUGUCGAAGGAUAAUGACACGCAUAUCAGUACCCUUAAUCCAUUUCUAGAGCCUGACACAGAAGCUUGGAUGAAUGAAAACCAUCCACCUGAAAAAAAGUUUCAAAAAUUUGUUCCAUCCUUUUUGGUGGAAAUAUCGAAUCUAUUAGCUCAAGUUCAACGUUUAUUACAACCUAUGAUGUCAGCCUAUGGUUCUGUAUCAUCUGUGGCUGGUUUAUCUCGAGAAUUGGAUGUUAUUCAUUCAGUCCUUGCAGAUCGUUUGGCUAAAGAAUUGAAGCUGUUACUAGCAGCUACUCGGACAGUCACAGAUAACAAGGAACUGAUUUUAUCAGCCUGUGAACUAGUUGACUUGCUCCCUAAGAGCUUUCAUCUCAAUUCAGAUAUCGUAAAUUGGUUUAUCUCUCAUCAUCUAACUGAGUAUAAGGAGCUGUUUGAUUCAACACAAACUACUGCUUGGUUGGAUAAAAUUGAUCAGCGAUACAACUGGUUAAGAACUAACUUGGUUCCUUUAGAACGUUUAUUUGUUUCAGUUUUUCCUCCCUCUUGGUUGGUAACUGAAAAAUUUGUUUUGGAGUUUUGUCAUAUUACACGUGUUGGCUUAGAAACUGUCAUGAAACGACGUCAGUCGGAACUUACCCAUAAUCUGAUUGUUUUCGCAUUGCAACGCACUUUAUCCUUCGAGGCCAGUUUGAAUAAAGCAUAUACAUCCGAAGCUCUAGAAGAGUUACAGUCUAUGAUAGGCAGUGGCAGGAAUAUGGAGCGUUCGUCUAAUCCGUUUGAUGAUGAGGAUGGUUCGGAAGAUGAACAAUCUGAACAUCAAUUAGAGGAUAAGAAUGAUAAAUCAUCAACAACUGAUUCUAAACACAGUUGGAAAAAGCAGACUUUUGAUGGAAUUAUAUCUAGCUGUUUCGACCAAUUCUUCGACCUCUAUUUGGUUCAUUUGGACAAAGGUCUGAGAGAACAAAUGACAAAUCGUUUGAUUGGUGAUUUCACUGUUAAUAAGUCAACUUUGGAGAACAGAGACCUUGGAGAUGUAUUCAGAGAUGACAAUCAAUUUGAUACUGCACAAAACAAAUUAAAUCCCAAUGACCCUGGUGAAAAUACUUUAUAUUCUGCUACAGAUUUGUUCCUAUUCUAUAAACAAAUCUUGAAACAAACUCUUCAGUUGAAUCGGGGUCGUGGUUUAUUAGGACUUGUACGUCUUUUAAAACAAUAUUUGUCUGAAUACACGGUUCGUGUACUCUUGGCUCAAAUUCCAGGCUUAGCAAUUACCAAUAGCAGUGGAACUAACGUUGGUCUAUCUGCGCCGGAUGUUGCAGCAAAAAUGGCAGCAUUUGGUUUAAGCAGUCUCUCAGCUCUUGGACUUGGUCGUGGUCAAACGGGACUCGGUGCAGCUCUAGAAAAUAUUAAAACACAAACAAAAUCCAGUUCUGCGCAAUCUGAUCUAAUAAAUUCAUCAAGUAACCAGGUGAUCAACAAUUUGCUACGUGAUGAUGUACAAGGUGUUCGACUGAGUAAAGAUGAUGUCUACAAGGUAUGUGUCAUACUUGUUACAGCGGCAUUUUGUUUGAAAACUGUUGAGGAUUUGGAGAAGCGUCUAAAACAUGAAAUCAGACCACCUAGCUGGGGUUCGAAAAUAUCAUUUGCUUCCGAAAUUGAUGGUUUGGCAACUUGUAGAUCCGUUUGUGUCCACCGCCUGGUUGCAGACCUGGAGGCUGGUAUUGAACCGCAGCUAGUCGCUAUGGCACGUUUACCUUGGAAUAAUCUUGUACAAGUUGGAGACCAAAGUGCUUAUGUUACAGCCAUUGUAAAUCAUCUUCGCAAUCAAAUUCCAUUGAUACGAGAAACACUACACACAGUCAGGUAAUUUUUCUAUUUUCUUGAUGAAUUAAUGGCGCUUUUAUCGCAAUCAAUUGUCUUAUAAUGCCUUUUUAUGCAUUAUUAGGCCAGCUUUUACCCAGAUAUGUAUAAAAUUCGCUGAUGCAUUGAUUGCAAGAUUUGUUAAUUCUUUAUAUCGUUGCAAACCGGUCAAUACUUUUGGAGCAGAACAGCUUCUGUUGGAUACCCAGUCAUUAAAAGCUUCUCUUCUUCAAAUGCCUCUUCUCGGAGCUAAGUUCAUUCAGGCACCUCCUCGAAGCUUUACAAAUGUAGUUCAUGAAGGCAUGGGAAAGGCAGAACGCAUAAUUAAAGCAGUAAUGCUACCAGUUGGUGUCGUUUCACAAGGCAAACAAGAAUCAGCAACUCCUCCAAGUGGAUUUAUAAUGGGUCCGGUGGAUACAAAUGCAGCUAAUAUAUUUUUAGCGAGUUACGAACAAUUAUUACCUGAUCUAACUCAAAUCGAUCUACAAAAUGUUUUAGAUAUGAAAGGUGUGAAAUUCAGUGAACAACAGUUGAUUUUAGAAAUAUUUCGUAGUAGAAAUGAAUUUAAAUCAACAAUGAAAGAAAAAACACCUGAAGUGAAUUUAUUUUGUUCCGUUUCGGAUACUGCUAUCACUACUAGUAGUAUUAUUACUACUACUACUACGACUAGUGACGUAACUUUGACGACGAUAACGUCAGUUACCAUGACCACCACUGCUCCUACGAGUUCUGUAGUAGCUACUCCGAACUCUCCAAAUAAUCGACUCCAAAAAUCGAGGCAGUCUAUGUCGACCUCAACGAAUCCGUUCGAUUCACCACUGUCAGUCGAAGAGCGGAAGCAAAUAACCGAUCGGAAAGGAAGAAUAGAAAAAUUAUUGAAUAAAAGACGAUAGGACUAUUAUUGAAUUUUAGCUGUUCAGUGUUGAUUUCAAUGAAUAAUCAAGAUCUAUGUUGUUGCUGUUACUCAGUCGAGUUUAUUCUAUUCCUUUUUCGUUUUGUUUUGUUAAAACUUAUCUCUCAGUGUGUAUAACAAGCUUCCUUUACAUACGUAUUUAUAAAUCAGUUCUACUGCUGUUAUUACCGGUUUGAAAAUAUCGUACUUGGAUGUUUUAUCGAAUCUAAUUUCCUUUCACUGUAUUUUAUAUUACCUACUGGCUAUAUUGUGAUAAAAUGUUUAGGGAUAACUUUGUCUGUUCCUGUUGGUUCCUGCAAUCCUGUAGUAAGGAUUGAAAUACCACUUUGUUUACUGAUAAUUUUUCUCAAGAACACUAUCAUGCAUAUCUAUUCAGUGUGGCGGUUAUCAUAUCAGUGUUUAGUUAAUUACUAAUAUUUAUUUUGAUAUGCUAAAUAAAAACUAACAUGAAAAGGUG